AUGAUUCUCUUCCCAGGCUUCCAGCCCCUGGACGUCUUUGGGCCACUUGACGCAUUCAACAUCCUCUCCCUCAGCCACACCAUGAACCUCUACAUGAUCGCAUCCACCUUGGACCCCGUGUCCACGCAGGCUCGCCACCCGUCCAUGAAUCCCGCUGGCUCCAACUUCUACCAGAGAGUUGUUCCAACACACACCUUUGACAAUGCGCCCAGUGAUAUUGACGUCUUGCUUAUUCCCGGCGGCAUCGGCACUCGGGCACCAGACCUUGGUCCCGUGAUUGAGUUUAUCCACAAUCGGUAUCCCAGCUUGCAGUAUCUGGUCACGGUGUGUACGGGCGCCGCACUAGCGGUGCGGAGUGGAGUCCUGCAAGGGAAGAGGGCGACCACGAAUAAAUUGAAUUGGAGCCUCGUUACGUCGCUGAAGCCUGAUCCUGGCUAUGCGCCCCUAUCCAACAGCGGCACCAGCGGAAGCACAAUCACCUGGAUCCCCCAGGCGCGCUGGAUCCGCGACGGCAAUAUCUGGACAACAGCAGGCGUGACCGCCGGCAUCGACGCCAUCUUGGCAUUUAUACAGGACGUAUAUAGCCCCAAGGACGCGGAUCGUGUUGCGACGGAACUCGAGUUUGACUGGCACCAGGACUGGCAGUGGGAUCCGUUCGGUGCUCUGAUUGAGCAGGGAAAAUAA